UUUUAAGAUUAUUUUAUUGAAACUCAACUAAUUUCAACAUACAGUACUUCCUUGACACCGACAUGCCACCAGAUGACGCCGGAGCGCAACAGCGAAUAGCUCCUGCUGCUAAGUGUUCAUCCAGUAGUCGGCACGCGUUGUAUGCGCAUGCGUGCAGAGGAGCAGCUGACGGCGCAUGGCAUCUCCUCCAGCGCCACCGCCGCCUGGCUCGCUGGCUAUGCCGAGCGGCGCGUCCGUGUGCGCGGCCACCACCGCCGCAGUGCUCCCGGGGCCACCGAAGAGAACCGCCACGACAGCAACCACCAUGCCGAUGACGACGAUGGACGUCCGCAGGCGCUUCUUCGGGUUGUUGUCGCGCAGGCUGCUGUAAGACGACUGGAGUGGCUCGAUCUUUUUUUUUUUUGUUGUUGUUUUAUUUUAUUUUAUUUUUUUGGGUACAUCCAUCCUGGUGCUGAUGCAGCGGAGGAUGCUGACGGUGCUUUAACUGCGGGAGUGGAGGCCAGCUUCCUCGGAGGGGCUUCGACGGCGGUCGACUCAAAGUUGCAAAAGUUUCAAUUUGCGUGACGUUGAACCACCGACAGGAUGAUCGAGGAGGGCAGCAAGCGAGGCAAGGCCGCCGUGGAGAAGAGGCAGCUCUUCAUGGAGAUGAGAGCGCAGAACUUUGAUGUGAUCAGACUGUCGACGUACAGAACGGCGUGCAAGCUCCGAUUCGUGCAGAAGCGAUGCAACCUUCACCUGGUGGACGUGUGGAACAUGAUCGAGGCCUUCCGGGACAACGGCCUCAACACGCUGGAGCACCACGCCGAGAUCAACGUGUCGCGUCUGGAGACCAUCCUGUCCUCCGUCUACUACCAGCUCAACAAGCGGCUGCCCACCACGCACCAGAUCAACGUGGAGCAGUCCAUCGGGCUGCUGCUCAACUUCAUGGUGGCCACCUACGACAGUGAGAGCCACGGGAAGUUGACGGUGUUCUCCAUGAAAGCCAUGCUGGCGACGAUGUGCGGAGGCAAAAUAGUGGACAAGCUGCGCUACAUUUUCUCUCAGAUGUCGGACUCAAGCGGCGUGAUGGUGUUCACCAAGUUCGACCAGUUCCUGCGCGAGGUGCUCAAGCUUCCCACAGCCGUCUUUGAGGGGCCCUCCUUCGGGUACACCGAGCACUCGCUCAGGACGUGCUUCCCCCAGCAGAAGAAGAUCACGCUGAACACGUUUUUGGACAUCUUAAUGGCGGACCCUCCGCCUCAAUGCCUCGUCUGGCUGCCGCUCAUGCACAGACUCGCUAAUGUUGAAAAUGUCUUCCAUCCGGUGGAGUGUUCGUAUUGCCGCAGCGAGAGCAUGAUGGGUUUCCGCUACCGCUGCCAGCAGUGCCACGGGUACCAGCUGUGCCAGAGCUGCUUCUGGAGAGGCCACGCCAACGGACCCCACAGCAACCAGCACCAGAUGAAAGAGCACUCGUCCUGGAAGUCUCCCGCCAAGAAGCUGAGCCACGCCAUCAGCAAAUCGCUGGGCUGCGUUCCCAUCGGCGAGCCCCCGCAUCCCGUCUUCCCCGAGCAGGCCGAGAGACCCCAGGAGGCCCCUCACAACGUCGUCUUGGAGAGUCCCAGCCGGCUGGACGAGGAGCACCGCCUCAUCGCCCGCUACGCCGCACGUCUGGCGGCCGAGGCGGGAAACUCCACGCAACAAUGUCCUCCCUCCGACUUGUCGUUCAACUUUGACGCCAACAAGCAGCAGAGGCAGCUGAUUGCCGAGCUGGAGAACAAAAACAGGGAGAUCCUGCAGGAGAUCCAGAGGCUUCGUUUGGAGCACGAGCAGGCGUCGCAGCCCACGCCGGAGAAGGCCCAGCAGAACCCGACGCUCCUCACCGAACUCAGGCUGCUCAGACACAGGAAGGACGAGCUGGAGAGGCGCAUGUCGGCCUUGCAGGAGAGCCGGCGGGAGCUCAUGGUGCAGUUGGAGGGACUCAUGAGGCUUCUUAAGGACGAGGAACAGAAGCAGGUGUCCCAGCCGGGCGGCUCGCCCCACUCGUCGCCCGGCCACGGGGCCGGCUGCUCCAUGCCCAUGCCCAUACGCUCCACCUCGGCCGGCUCCACCCCCACGCACACGCCCCAGGACUGUCUGGCGGGCGUGGGGGGCGACGUGCUGGAGGCCUUCGCUCAGGGUGUACCUCGGAAUCUGCGCAAUGACCUCCUAGUGGCUGCCGACUCCAUCACCAACACGAUGUCGUCGCUGGUCAAAGAGCUGCACUCAGUGGACGACGGGGCGGACGAGGAGGAGACCAACAUGAGAAACGGAGGCGAGAGAGGCACGAUGCGAGUACAGAAGCAGUGAAGCCAGAGGCGACGCCUCGUCAGCGGGGAACGAUCAGCGACGACGCCGCCGCCGCCGUCGCCGCGUCAUUCUCACGUUAGACUACUGCAUGCUGUAAUCGAAACACAGUUUCACUAUGUGAAAAACAAAACGACUCCAAAACAAAGUUUCUUGAGACCUUGCAGGGGUAGCAGGAGGUGUCUCGUUAGCCCGUGGUGUGUUGUCCUGUGUGGCGCAAGCUCUUUCUGUACAUAUUGACCACACCGACAUGGCGUCGGCCGCACUGCUUUUGAUUCAUUUUGGAAGCCCGUUUUUUUUUUUUUGCACGAAGCGACACUCCUGUCUGGUGCCGUACGCUUGCUAAGGCAGCACUUUGCGCCGUCGUUACAGUCGGAGGCGCAACGGCCGACUUUUGGCCAAUCGGUCAACGCGCCCAUCUCUCUAGGCCAGAGGUUCGCAAACUUUCUCAACACCCGCACAUUUAUUUUUUAUUUUUUUUAUCAGACCCACACUUCUUUUCUCGGUGAAAAAUGCCAACAUCCAAUGUUUUUGGCCCACCUGAUUGGAUGUGGGUGUUUGAAUACCAACAAUUGUUUUUGCACCUGACGGGGUACAGGUGUUUCAACACCCACACUUUGCUCUAUAAAAGUUUGCAACACCCACACGUUUUGUCACACCUGCACGUUUUCCAGUAAAAAUUGAAGCGUCCAGACUUUUUGUCCCACCUGAGGGGAUGUGGGUGUUUCUAGUCCCCACACUUUUUCCCGUGAAAGGUUUCAACACCCACACUUUUCGUCACACCCACAGGGGUGCGGAUGUUUCAACAGCCACACUUUUCCAAGUAAAAGGUUUCAACACCCAUACUUUUUGUCACAUGCACACUUUUGCCAGUGGAAAAUUGAAGUAUCCAUAUUUUUUGUCCUACCGGAGGGGAUGUGGGUGUUUAAGCCGUCACACCUUUCCCAGUGCAAGGUUUUUAACACCCACAAUUUUCAUCGCACCGCAGGGUGUGUGGGUGUUUUCAUACCCACAUUUUCCCCAGUGAAAGGUUUCAACACCCACACUUUUCAGCGCACAGCUGGGGGUGUGUGGGUGUUUUCAUACCCACAUUUUUCCCAGUGACAGUUCUCAACACCCACACUUUUCGCUGCACCUGCACGGUGUGUGGGUAUUUCCAUACAUUUCAACACCGACUCAUUUCAUCGCAUCUACGUGGAGUGCGGGUGAUUUAACACCACACAUUUUGUCACACCCACACUUUUAGCUGCGAUAAAUUUCUACAUCCAGACUUUUUGCUUUAUUAUUUUUGCUUUAUUCUCAAAAAGCCAAGGGAGGGAGGAGCAAUUGGUUUAGAACUAUAAUAAUAUUGUUAAUAUUGUGCGCACCACAGUUUGCGAACCACUGGUCAAGUAUACUCGCAGUUAUCUGUUGAUUUUUCCAUUUGUGUCGUAUUGAACACCCGUGCCGGACUUCUGUGCAAAUCGGACGCAGCGGUGCCGGAUGUUGAUAUUUUCAAACACUCCAGCGGGUGUAUUAUGGCGAAUCAAAAUGGCCGUCGGCCUGUGCGUUUCACAGUGUAGCUUCUAAUUGAUUUUGGCGCGCGUGCUGGAUUUGGUGUCAAUCCGACGCACUGGUGCCGAAUGCUACUAUUUUCCAAUUUACUCUCUGUCUCUCCAAAAAAAAUCUCUUGCUAAGGAAGUUAGCAUUCGUGCUGCAUUCGAGAAGUUCCACUUAGAGGUGCCACCGUUCCAUCCUAUUGACACGCAUUUUCCAUUUCCCCCUUUUCUCGAACGCAACAUUAGACGCAUAAACAGAAAUGUUCUCAAGCUGGAUUUGAGUUUUCAAAAAGGCAAUUUUGCAUAUUUUCUGUGUUCCGCCGCUACCCGUAACACGCAACAUGCAUGCCCCGUUACCCGCUACACUGCUGCUACUGUGCACAACGCAACACAACACAGCGAGGACCGCUCACUUGUGUCGUGCGCGACGGAAUGAAGCGAAAAGUGCGAUGGGUGUUCAACCGGUGCUCAGGGACUGCAGAGCUGCAAAAUGGGAGCGCGUGAAAACGGCCAAAAAUUCCGCAUGAAAUCUAUCGCUUAAAAGUCAAAAUGUUGAUUUUGUUUUUGUUGUUGUUGUUUCAAAUUGUGAGUGUGUGGGUGGGCGGGGUGAAGUGCUUUUUUUUUUUUUUUUUUUUUUGCUGACGCAUGUCGGCUGCGUCACCGUUUGUGGUUCGCGUCUUGUUCCGAUGCGGCUAUUUUGCCGGACGGCUGCGUGAAAGCGGCUUAAGAAGCUAAGAAGCGCGAUGUUUCGUUCCGAGUAAACCUUUCGGGGGGGGUCGAGCGAAAACUUGGUGAGCGGGACCGCGGAGCAUUUAGAGCCAGGGGUGGGCAAAGUAUGACCCUCGGUCCACAUAUGGCCUGCUCUGAUCUUUAAGUCGGUCCACUUGGAAUUGACAUGAUCCUCAGUCCUGUAAUCUGACAUUUUCUUCCUAAAAUGUGUUCGAUUAAAUUAAACAUUUUUUACUUUUUCUUUUUCCUCUCUUUCUUUUAUCACUUUUCUCCCCCCGUAUUCCUUCUUUUUCGCCUUUCCCCACCCUUUUUCCUCAAAAGAAUAGAGGAAAAUUCCACUAAUUAAAUUAAGGAGUUAAAAUUACCAGUUUUUUUUUUAAAUAUGAAUUUAUUAAUUAGAUUUAAUAUAUUUAAUGCAAUGUUAUUGGUUAUAUUUCCUAUUAUUGUAUUAAUUGCUAAUUAAUUUUAUUUUUUAAUCUACCUACUAAUUGAUUUAUUAAAUGAUUUAAAUAAUAGGUUAUUUUUAAUUAUUACAAUCAAAAUAGUAAAAUAAACAGUUUAUCCCUUCUUUUUUCACCUUUUUUAAAAAUAUUUUCCCCCUUCUUUUUUCUCAAGAGAAAAUAAUCAAUUAAUUUACAUUCAUAAUUUUAAAUUGAUAAUUAAAUUAAUGUAAAUAAUAAUUGCAUUUUCUCUUGGAUUAUUCGAAUUUAAAAUUAAUUUAAAUGUGCAAUCUUAUUUAUUAUUGUUUUUAAAUAAUGGGAUAUUUUAUCUGUAUUGUAAAUGAUUGAAAAAAAAAAAAGUAAAGUAAGCAAUUUUAUACACACAUUUAACACAUUUUAUUUAUUUUCUCAAAAUAAUUUUAUUUAAAUGAUCAGAAUUAUAUUAAUAAUAACUGAUCAAAUUAAUGAGUUUGUUUUAACCUCAUCUACAAAUGUCCUGGCCCAUCUGUCCUUUUUUUAAAAAUGAAAGAAAUAAAAAAAAUGAGUACAAAAGUUUGCCCACCCCUGAUUUAUAGAGUCCGGCACCUUCUAUAAGCGCCAUACACUGUGUUAAGAAAAAAAAAAAAAAGAACAGGAAAGAAAGAAAAAAAAAAACCCCCACAAAAUAAGCUCCUCCUUUUGUUGUUGUUCCACUUUGUGACGUUUUCCUUCCAGCUGCCCUGCUUUUUGGACCUUUUUGUGGGACUUCAUUGGUCGUUUUGUGCCAAAACGAAAUGUUCGCGUUUACGUGUGUCACCAUCCUUCACACAAUGCCUGGGGUUCUUUUAAUUGUUUCUUUCAAACAAUGUGCAAAAAAAAAAUAAUAUAAUGAUUGAACAACAAAUGUUAUUUAUUAUUGUGUGCGUGUGUGUUUAUGCUUCUGCUUUACAUUUUGUUUUAUUUUGAAAACACUUUACGUGACAAACUUAAAAAAAAAUAAAAAAAAUAAAUAACGCCACCAGUCUUUUUGUAAAUAAAUCAAAUGUGAGAUAUUAAAAAGAGAUUUAAAAUAUU